GGUCGCUGUAACCGCAGGCGCUGAACGCCACUGACGCACAGACUCACUGCAGGAAUAACAAUAUGGCGGACAAUUCAAAAGAGCAGCUGCUGUCUAUGCGAGUUUACAACAGCCUUCAGAGUCUGGGCUGUCCUCUGGUGGAUGGGCUGUACCUGCGGGAGCCGGACAGUGUGCAGGAGCUCCUCUGCUCUCCUUCAUUACACAGGACAGAUAUACUCAAAUGGAUUUGCGCCAGCAUUUGUCCAUCCCUAAAGGAGAAGUUUUCCACAAUUAAAUCAACUCAGAAUGAGGAUUUAGUUCAAGAACUCACACGGUUUGGUUAUGAAAUGAUGUUAUGUAAAGCUAAUGACCAGGAUUUGAUUAAGGGCUGUGCACCACCAUUGCGGCAACUGAGGUUUCUGGAGCAGAUUCUAAUGGUGAUUCAAGCAGACUCCUCCAUAAACUCUAGGCAGAACUCAUGCUCUGGUGAUGACAGUGUAAAGAACGAUGAUCUUCUUGGGGAGCUGAUGUUUCAGGACCACUUAACCGACCUGGAUAUGCUCCUGAAUCCAGUCUGCAACCCGUGGCCUGCGCAUAUCCGUGAACAUCUAAUACGCACGCAGUCAACUCGCAACAAAACGAACGGAAACCACAGUAAACCCAGCGAUUUCAUAAACAGGAGUGAUCAACAUUCCCGACUAGGAAGUCAUGGAGAAGAAAGCCUGACAGAGGCCAUGGCGCUGCUGCAGUCUACCCAGAGCACAUUAGACGAGCUCCACAAAGAGUGUGAGUUCCUGCAGUCACAUUUGUCAGGUUCUGCAGCUGUGCUGUCCCCCUGUGCGCUGAAAGUGGCCAUCUCAGACAUGUCUCAGCUCAUGACAGCUUUCGGACACAUCUACAACACAGACUUUAAGGCGUACUGCCAGAGAGCCCCUCCGGCCCUCAAUUCUGGUGCAAGUGUGUUUCAGUCUGUACAUCAGCUCCUGCAUGCCUGUAAUACGGUAAAGCAUCUUACAUCAUUUAUCUGGAGUCAUUUAAAGGGAUAGUUCACCCAAAAAUGAAAAUUUGCUGUGAAUUUACUCACCCUCAGGCCAUCCAUGGUGUAGGUGACUUUUUUUAUUCAGUAAAACCGUAAAGAAGAUUUAUUUUUAGCUGACACCAUGGUCCUUGGAAAUGCAUAAAAUGCAAAUCAGUGGUUCUCGUCACUUUAAGAGUCAAAAAAAUAUCAGGGAACACAAAAUUAAUACCCGUGGCUCCUGACAAUAUACUGAGGGCUUAUGAAGCAAACUCAUUCACAGUCUGUGCAAGAAACUGAACUGAACAAUAGUUUUGCAAAAGAACGCAAAGUAUUCUUGGGGGAGUGCAGUACUUUUAUGAAAGCAUGCAAAAGUUUUGCGAACGAGUGAUUAGUUUCUCUGGGGAGCGAAAUACUUUUGCGAGAGAAGCAAAUGUUUUGUGAGCCAACGCCAAGUUGUUCUGGGGAAUGCAAUACUUUUGUGAGAAAAUGC